CAGCUAAAUUGACAUUGUACCAAUAGGGUUAAUUUCCAUACAACUGUUCACCUCAUUCACCCUGUAUGGGUGACAGUUCACCAAACGUCAGUACAUUAAUACGAUUCUUAAUGGUAUCCUAUCAAAAUAAGCCUAACACUUUGAAAUUAAACAGUGUGGCGAGAGAAUUAAGCCGCUAUUCCGCUAGAGACCCAAGGUUAAGACGAUAAAUCACAAAAAACAAAACCACACUGCCAGUAUUAAAACUAACCAAUAAUUAAUUUUCUUACAAUGGAAUUAGAUUAUAUAGAUUCAAAUAUAAGGAACAGUAGAACACCUAAUGAUUUGCAACCAGAGGAAAUAAGAGAAUCGCUUCUAUCAGAAUCAACAUCAGGUAUAUGUGGUGACGAUGAACAAGAUAGUAACUAUGAAACAAACUCAUUUUCCAGUGUUGAAAUAGAUAUAAGCAACAAAGAAGGCAUUUUAUCUUUUGGUACAAGUAAAUACCAUAAAGAAAGUAAAAAAUCGAAACCAAAAAAUAAAGGAUUUGGUUACCGAGUUGGAGAUAGUAAUAAGUCAAGUGAUAAUUUUAUUAAUAUUACUAUAAAUCCUAACGAUGAAGGUAAAGACGUACGUGUUAAAUCCAUUAAAAAAGCAGAUGUAAAACCAACUAUACCUGAUGGAGGUUGGGGAUGGAUUGUUGUGAUGUCGUCUUUUGUUAUAUCUAUGAUAGCUGAUGGGAUUAGUUUCUCUUUUGGUCUUCUUUACAUAGAAUUCCUGGAUGAGUUUAAAACUAGUAAGUCUAUGACUGCCUGGAUCGGUAGCCUCUUUAUAGCUGUUCCACUUCUAUCAGGGCCAGUGAUGAGCGCUUUAGUUGACAGAUACGGAUGUCGCAGUAUGACAAUUUUAGGUGGAUUGAUAUCAGCUCUCGGAUUUGUCCUAGCUUCAGUAUCAAAUACAAUUGAAAUGAUGAUGAUUACAUUCGGAGUGAUUGCCGGAUUGGGUCUCGGGUUAGUUUAUGUCACAGCAGUAGUUUCUAUAGCAUAUUGGUUUGAAAAGAAGAGGAACUUAGCUGUAGGUCUUGGAGCUUGUGGUACUGGGGUUGGAACUUUCGUGUACGCACCAAUGACUCAAUAUUUUAUUGAGGAAUAUGGCUGGAGGGGUACGAUUCUAUUACUAUCUGGGACAUUACUUAAUUUAUGUGUUUGUGGUUGCGUGAUGAGGGACCCCGAGUGGUGGAUUCAAGAACAAAAGAAACAGAGAAAUGAAGAUAAAUCCAACUAUAGCAAAGACGAAAGUAAAUCUAGGAAUUCUAGUUUUGCUUCUAUUGGUAAUACUUAUAUAUUUGAUUAUGAUGCUCCAACUAGGGGUGUAGGUAUGAAAAGAUUAAUAACAAAAGGAGUGUCACCUGAAAAAGUUAUAAAAGAUGAAGCUGAUGCUAUCAAAAGAUACGAAAAUAUUUUAUCCUACACGAAAAAGAAUCUACAAAAGUCAAGAUCUAUGGAUAAUUUACCAAGCUAUCUUACAUACGACGAUAAGAGAUCGAGGAAAAUGUUGGACGCAAUAAUUAAGACAAUAAGCAAACAAUACAAUAUUGAGGUUAAACAUCCAACUUUUAUACACACAAAUAACACGGAGGUAAAAAAACUGAUAGAAAGCAAUGAAAACAUAGAUCCACCAGCAGUGGCUUACACGAAUCAAUUUCUUCAACGUACUCAUUCUGAAAAAUAUAGCAAAAACAAAGAAAAUUCCCUAAAAAAAUAUCAAUUGAAGAAUUGUAAAGAAAUUGAGAUGACCGUGUUAUUAGAUUCUGAAGCAAAGAAUAACAAAAUUGAAAAGCAAGACAGUAAAGAAAAUCGUCGAGAAUGGUUCAAGAAACAGUUAUCAGUGAACCACCAUUACUUGAAAGAUUUGAAAAUGCCGAUAAAUUCCAUAAGUCACAGGAACGCGAUGUUGAACAUAAAGAGAUAUCGACUCAAGGCAUCGUCUUGUCCAGAUUUAUUUAAAAAUUCUAUGAUAUCUGUCAACGAAAAGGAAGAGAAAUGGAACGAAGAUUGUGUAAAUUGUCUCUCCGAUAUGUUCAAUGUGACUUUGUUCAAGAAGAUGACAUUCAACCUUCUAUGUUUGGGUACAUUGAUCCUGUUCAUUUGGUUUAUUGUGCCAUAUUUCUAUUUAGCUGAGCAUAUGACACUCAAAGGUUAUUCUGAAGAUGACGGAGCUAUGAUGUUGAGUAUAAUCGGAAUUACAAAUACAAUUGGUAUGGUCGGUCUUGGAUGGAUCGGAGAUUUUCCUAAAGUCUCUAUUGGAAACUUGUACGCUGUUUGUCUUAUUCUCUGCGGCGCUUCAGUUGCAGCCUUACCAUCAUCGUUAUCUAAUUAUUGGGUUUUAGUAUCUAUAUCGUCAGCAUUUGGAUUGCUUUUUGCUGCAUCGUUUACUUUCACACCGAGUCUAUUAGUUAAAUUAGUAUCAUUGGAUGAUUUUACUUCAGCUUAUGGUUUGGUUUUGUUGGCGCAAGGAAUUGGUCACUUAAUUGGACCACCGUUGUCAGGUCUGAUUUAUGAUUUGACUUUCUCCUGGGAACUGGCCUUUUACUUAGCUGGCGGUUGGAUCAUUGUAUCUGGAGUACUAAUUUCGUUCAUACAACCUGUGAAGAAUUAUCAAGAAAAGCGUCAGAAUAUGGAACAUCAUAGCGUAUCAAGCCAUGCGUAGUUUCUUCUAACGUUCUAUAAAAUUCUCGUAGGGUUAAAAAUAAUAUUAGUACAACCGCUUCGCUUAUUCGACGUAGAAUUUUUAAAUAUUAUGCAAAAUUAUGGGCCAGCGUGGUU